CUCAUCGGCCUGUGUGAAGCGAAAAUCUACAAAGAAGUUCGGAAUGUGAAGAAUUUGGGUGCGAUGUGACUAUUAUGUGCUAUUUGAUUACAAUGUUGGAUCGCUAUGCAUUUUCGCAUAUACGUUGGACCUAAAUUUCGACAGGAUGGAUGCCACUAUAGCCUGUUGUGGUCACCCAAAGCCCGUAGAUUGCUGUGUGACGCCGCAUCUAUCGUGUAACUAGGGGCGGCCUGGAGCAUGUCUUCUAUCAGUCUGGCACAUGCCUCCUGUAAGAAGCGAAAAGUGGUCAACGUGAUUCUGUUAGACAAGGAACAUAUACAAGUCUAUGUUGAUGUAAAAUCAAAAUUUCAAGAUGUGUUCAAUCAAGUGACAGGCCACCUGAAUCUGCGGGAAACAGAAUACUUUGGACUGGCGCAGAAGAAAGACGGUGAAUACCAAUUUGUCACUCUGGAGGAAAAAGUUCACAAGCAAGCACCAAAGGCAUGGAAGUCGGGUCACGGAGAGGGUUUUGACGCAGCAGGCCAGCCGGUGUUCACCGUGUACUUCAAAGUCCAGUUUUAUGUUGACCAAGUCGUCCUGUUGAGGGAGAAUGUUACGCGUCACCUGUACUACCUACAGCUGAGGGAGAACAUCCUCCACUAUGACCAUGUGUGUACAGAGGAGAAGUGUUUCCAGAUUGCAUCCUUUGCUCUACAGGCUGACUUUGGCAACUACUACCCAGACAGACAUGGCGAGGAAUACUUCGACCCGCGGGAAUACUUCCCUGCUUGGAUGAUACAGCAGAGAGGCAGUCCCUAUAUACAAACAAAUACUCCACUUAUACACCAAGAUCUGCAAAAUCUGACCAAGUCAGAGGCCAAGCUACGAUUUAUCAAGGAGGCGUCAUUGUCUCCUGCAGCCCAUAAUCUCCACUUCUACCGUCUCCGCAAAAGGAAAACAGACAAACGAUGGAAUGCCUGGCUAGGCAUUUGUGCACGGGGCAUAGAAAUAUAUGAGGAACUUGAAGGCCAUUUGAAAGACUUGAUUUCUACUUUCCUAUGGCCUGACAUAGGGAAAUUAUAUUUUGAUAAAAAGAAGUUUGAGAUUAGAUCCGUGGGUAACCCUGCAGGGCGGAAGUUCACCUACUACACUGACUGUGAUCACACAUCUAAGUACUUACUGUACAUCUGUCGCACCACUCACAUGUUCCAGAUGGCCAUUCAGUCCAAACUCAUGGAGAUACAGCAUCUCGAUGCAGAAGACAAGAAGCGAUACAACGAGGCAUACAUAUACAGUGACACAAAGGACUACAUGGCCAAUGGAGGCUCGUUCCGGGGGAGUCUGUCCCCCGCUAGCAAGUCGUCCAGUACAAACCCACGCUACUCUGUCAUCAGUGAUGCCAGCUCAAAUACCACAUCAGGCAUUGCCAGUGACAAGAUGACCAUUAGUUUUGAGGGAGAGGAUGAUCCAUCAAGAGAGAUCUUGAUAGACUGUCCCCCUAGACCACUGAGCCGACUGACACCUCCUAGUCAAUCCCGCUCCAAGUACUCUGUGGUGUCACGUGAUGGUGUGACCAUUUCUACCCUGCCAAACUACAAAUCGAACAAGAACGGAAGUCCUGAGAUGGGACCUACAGAAUUGUACAAAUCUUCCUCAGUGGGACGACCAAGUGGGACUAAGCCCGGCGACCACUCCCCAUCCAUACCCCGACCUCAAAAGCUCUCGCCAUCGUCCAAACAUGGCACAGACAAGAGGUCACCAGGGUCGUCGUCUGUAGGAGCCUUCCCGUUGAGCGGACAUCAGUCAGACAUGGACUACUCACCCUCAGGGGGUGAAGGAUACCGCAGAAUGUCACAGCAACACGUUUACCCUCCACAGUUCAGCCCCAGGACAGUACCAAUAUACAUGGCACACACACCAACAUCUAGUGGAGGGGCCCCACCGCCCGAGCGCAUCUCCUACUCACAACCAGUCAGCCGCAGCGCUAGUCGGGCAGACAGCUUCAAGGGUACACUAGGUCAGUUACAGAUACACACCAGUGACAGCCAGCUACCCCAUCUCCAGCUCGACUCAGGGCUCAGUGAUCAAAUGAUGGACAUGUUUUCUGGUAAUGUAAAUUUGGCCUCCUAUCACCAAAAUCAGUCUGGACCGGAGGCUGGCCUUCCACACAUGGUGCCAAGGUCCAAGUUCAUGCCCUCAAAUCGUAAUGUUGAUUCCAGUGGUGCCUAUGUAGAGGGCAGUGAGAUGACACUUCAGGCACCUGAACUUUUUGCUCCUCCACCAAUGUUUGCUGACACCUCAAGUCGUGCUAACUUGGCGGAUGUGUCUCCUGUACUGGACACAAAUGCUGUAUUAAAUCUAGGUCAAGAUCAUCAGGUGUCCCAACCACCUUGUGAACAAAGACACUACAUGGAAACAGAUUUGGACGAAGACUUGGAGUCGUCUCCAGAUACUUCCUUGUCAGAGAGUCUUCCACCGAAACAAAGAGCAGGAAACAAGAAGAAGGAAACGUUACAUCCAGAACUGAAGGAGAAAAUAUUUGGUCAAAAUAUGUUUGCAAUACCACUUAUGAUGGCACUAUGCAAGGACAAAACAUUGAUGGGGGCGAACAGUCAGAAUGGUAAUUUGAGUGGCUCCUAUGAUGCAUCUACGAUACAAUCAACCGAUUCUCGAAUCUCACACAGGUUGUCUAAUGACCUUGACCCUAGGCGACUGUCAUCAUGUUACCCUAGUAGUACUAUGGUAUCAUCACACUCCAAUCGGCCAUUCAGUUGGCACAGUGAAAGUUUUGACUUGGAUGCACAGUUGGCCUUCAGUGGCUACCCGGGUGUGGCUUCCUCUGUUGACAAUCAUCGGAGUGUGCCUCAAAAUAUUGGUGACCUAACUGGGAUUACAAAUGCAUCUUGGACUCAUGCUAUAUCACAUGGGAUUCCCUUCAGACAAGGUGUGUUGGACAGAUACUCUCCCGAACUCAUAGCAACACAGCUUAUGAUUCCACCAAAAAUCUCCAGUGGAAGGGGACAUAACUCCAAUGAUAGAAAUAUCAGCCAAAAGCCACUGAAGGAAACCAUAGGCAUAGCAUGACAGUGAAAGUUUUUUCUUUUUUUUUUUCUCUAAACUUUGUUGAGUUUGUGACAUUUUAUGUUAUUGUUCCCUCUGUGCUAAUAUAAAUACCUCUUUAUGUUAUUGAAUGUAUAUUAACAACAGAUGGUAUUCUAUCUAAUUUUGAAAAUCAAAAUGUGUUUUAUGUUCUGCCAAGACUAUUAAGGUAGUGUAUAAAAGGUUCCACCUCUUGAGAUGAAUCCUGCCAAUAUUUUAUCCUACAUUUCUUCCAAAAGUUUUAGAUGCCAGUGUCUUUUGUUCAAACAAAUUUCUUGUUCACAUGUUCAACGAAUAUUAUGUGGAAUAUACUCUAUUUUUACAUCAGUAUUUGUGAUUUUGUAUGUCAGCCAAAUCAUACCCCCCUGUUGAUCAUAUUUUAACUAUCAGGAUUUGUUUCGAAAUACUGUAAUUUUUUCCUUAUAGAUGCCGCUGUCAUCUGACCUUGUCCACAUUUAGUGGUUAGGGAUUCUUUGUUUUGGGACUUUUAUUAUUGUUAUAUGGUUCACUUAUUAAGAAUUUCACAGUCAAGUGAUGUUGCCUAUGAAAGAAGACACUCUAUGACAGUUGUUGGUGCUUGCUACUACAAAGAACUCGAUGGUAGCUCUUUGUCGAGAUUGAAGUACUCAAAGUUGUUUACAUAAUCCCAGUUUUGAAUGAAUGGGAGGGAACACAAGACGUAUAUUCAGAUAUGCUUAUUUGAAUCUUCCUUCAAAACUUUGAUUUAUUUUGGUUUGAAAUUUUAAAAGGAUAGAGUAAUAUUUGUACUGUGUGCUGCUGCCUAGGAGCGAGGGAGACUGUUCAUGUUCUGUGUGUUAGCUCUCACACCUUAUGUCCUGUGUUAUAUACUAUAACCUGUAACUGAGCAAGAUCAGGCUACAGAUUCUGUAACAAUACCCAAAGAGAGGCGCAGGCCAAGAUUCGAUUUUUGUAGAAUCUUAGCCUGAGACUUAGAUAACCUGAUCUCACUUAGUUACAGGUAAUUGAUUCUUUUCUCACACCUUAACACCUUAUCAGUUGGAUACAUUUUUUUUUCAUCAUAGUUAUAGGUAUUCUGUCUGGCCUCUGCACUUCUUAAGUUAUAUUUGAAUACUUAAAAAACAAAUGAUAUGGUCCAUGCUAAAAAGAGAAAAAAAAAUUGUAUCACAGUGUUAAUUAUGUUUGAUAUACAAUAUAAUGAAUUAAUAACACCAAAAUAUUUACAGUGAAUAUUUUAUAUGUCUGUGAUUAUAUCGCCGAGUUAAAUUUGGUGCUAGACAGAUCAAGUAAGAUUAGAAAAUAUAGCACUGGGUAUAAUGUGAGAUAUCCUUGUCUUGGAAUUCGUCAGCACACAUUGUUGUACAUGCCCUCAUUCAAGUUGCCAUUUGGCCACAGUACACAUUGCAAACAGAUACAGGUGUUCAGUUCAAGGUGAAGAUGACAGUCUGUUUUAGAAUUUCUAAAUAACAUCUUGAUUCUACAGCAAACUUCACAACAAAUUCUUUUGAACUUGUCUCAUUAAUCAUGAAUUAUAUUACAAUGUACUACAAAAUAGGAGAUAAAUAGACAAAUUAUGUUAAAACUCAUUUUUUUAUCAUUGGUUCAGUAUUUCACAGACAUACGGUUCAGUAGAGUUGAUACAUACAGUAUACAGUAGAGUUGAUACAUACGGUAUACAGUGGAGUUGAUACAUAUGGUACAGUAGAGUUGAUACAUACAGUACAGUAGAGUUGUGAUAUGUAAGGUACAGUAGAGUUGAUACAUACAGUACAGUAGAGUUGAUACAUA